CAUUAGCUCAUGAACUAGCAGCCAAGACCAAACUAAUGAUCUAGUACAAAGCUCAUCAUUAUUGAUUAGUCACCUGAGCCAAAGGUUAAAUGGUAUUAAUGAACAAGAAACCAUGAACUGUUGAACUGUUAUUGAAAGGCUGGGUAUAAGAUUUUUUAAAAUGAAGAAUGAUUGUGAAAACAUUAAGGGUAAUUUAACAUAUUUAUAAUAUGUUAAAAAAAAAAGGUUAGUACAUUAUGGUAAAUUAUUAUUUAUUUGCAUAGAUAUGUAUUUGUGAGCAUGUGUACAGAUAAGUAGAUAGAUCUCUUUUGAUGAGGGUGUAUGUAUUAUUAUUUAUUUGUAUUACCAUAGUGCCAAUGUACACACAGAUAUCUUUUAAAGCAAGUUUUAUGCCGAUUAAGAGUUAAUUACUGUGACCUUUCCGUUCAUUUUGUGAGCCAUCUCUUUUUAUUAUAUCUGCUAGAAAGAUUUUCUUUCCGAUCUCCCUAUUGAAAUUGUGUGACAGGCAAAAGGAAGCAUUAUAAUUCAAUACACAAAUCCUGCACUGAAGCCAAGGAAGGUGAUCAUGGCUCUAUCGAUCUUGCUAGAACCAAACAGCAUGUACUGUAGACAUAUACUGAAGCAGUUCAGGCAUCCUAUACUUUUGCUGCUGCACAAUACAACACAAUUUCUCAUUAUUGCAGACUGGUCUAUUGUUUUUUACCCUUCAUGAAGCUGGACCGAUAGAAAAUUGAGAAGUCACGACUUCCCAACAUGGCAUUUUAAAUUUCACCAUAUCUUCUGAUCCCUUUCUGUGUUUCCAGAUUGUUGAUUUGUUCUCCAAAUUUCUCUAUCCUUUACUUUUGUUCCAAGCUAAAUGGUGUUGAAGUGCUGCUAAAUUUUGGGUUUUUCAUUAACAUUCAUGUUGAUUAAUCCCAUCUUCCUGACUGCAAGUCCUUUCCCCCAACCCUCCCCUCUGUGUCUCCUUUCAACUGCUCCUCCUCCUCCUACACCUGAGCUAUAAGUACUCUCCCAGUGUCUGGAAGAGUCUCAAGGCUUGGGAAAGGACUGCACCCAGACAAUCCUCUGCAAGACCAACAGAAUGGAGAAGACUAGUAAAAUGCAAGAAGAAAAGCACCUCACAGGAACCUUGGUUCUCUCUGUCUUCACCGCAGUGCUGGGCUUCUUCCAGUAUGGAUACAGCCUUGGUGUCAUCAAUGCUCCUCAAAGGGUAAUAGAGGCCCAUUACAGCCGUGUGCUGGGCAUUGCCCCUAUUGACAGAAGUGCCAUCAAUUUCACAGACACGAAUGGAAGCGUGAUCUUCCCAGAUCUAGAAGAAUUGGAUGUAGGCAAAAGUACACUCACUCUGUACUGGUCCCUGUCUGUGUCCAUUUUUGCCAUUGGUGGAAUGAUUUCCUCUUUCACUGUUGGAUGGGUUGGAGACAAGCUAGGCAGAGUGAAAGCCAUGCUGGCCGUGAACGUUCUUGCUAUCAUUGGAAAUCUCUUCAUGGGGCUGGCAAAAUUUGGCCCAUCUCACAUCCUUAUUAUAGCUGGGAGAGCAAUCACAGGACUGUACUGUGGGCUAUCGUCAGGACUUGUUCCAAUGUAUGUUGGUGAGAUAUCACCUACAGCCCUUCGAGGAGCCCUGGGAACGUUGCACCAACUUGCUAUAGUCACGGGUAUUCUCAUCAGCCAGGUCCUUGGACUAGACUUUCUGCUCGGCAAUGACGACAUGUGGCCUCUGCUUCUUGGUCUAUCUGGUGCUGCUGCUGUUCUUCAGUUUUUCCUGCUCUUAUUGUGUCCAGAAAGCCCUCGGUAUCUUUACAUUAAACUAGGAAAGGUGGAGGAAGCUAAAAAAAGCUUGAAAAGGCUCAGAGGAGACUGUGACCCCACGAAAGAGAUUGCCGAGAUGGAAAAGGAGAAACAAGAAGCUGACAGUGAAAAGAAAGUCUCCAUCAGGAAGCUUUUCAGCUCUUCCAGUUACAGGCAGCCAGUCAUUGUGGCACUGAUGGUUCAAAUAUCUCAGCAGUUUUCAGGAAUCAAUGCAAUCUUUUACUACUCUACAAACAUUUUUGUAAGAGCGGGAGUUGAUCAACCCGUUUACGCAACCAUUGGUGUUGGUGUCGUGAACACUGUCUUCACCGUUAUCUCCGUCUUCCUUGUGGAGAAAACAGGGAGACGGUCCCUGUUUAUUGCUGGUUUGAUUGGUAUGCUAGCAAGUGCCGUAGCCAUGACAGUUGGACUUGUGCUCCUGAGCACUUUUGCUUGGAUGAGCUACGUGAGCAUGGUCGCAAUUUUUCUCUUCGUAAUUUUCUUUGAAGUCGGGCCUGGACCAAUCCCCUGGUUUAUUGUUGCUGAACUGUUCAGUCAAGGGCCCCGCCCUGCCGCCAUCGCCAUAGCUGGAUUCUGCAACUGGACCUGCAACUUCAUCAUUGGAAUGUGUUUCCAGUAUAUUGCAGAUCUGUGUGGCCCUUAUGUGUUCAUGAUCUUCGCCGUUCUGCUCUUAAGCUUCGUUUUAUUUGCAUACUUUAAAGUACCAGAAACAAAAGGAAAGUCUUUUGAAGAGAUUUCAGCUGAGUUCCGCCGCAAGAGGCGCUCAGCCGUAAAAGGACCCAAAGCUGCUACUGAACUGGAGGAUUUGCAAGGCAGCGAGGAGGCAUAAAAACCUGCAAAAUGUGUACCAGGAGGAGAUUAAAGAACAUAUAAUUUUUAAUGCAUCUGAAAAAACCUUAGACAAAACACCACAGCUCAAAAACCAGUAUCAUGCUUCUGACUGAUAUGCCUGGUAGUGUAUGUAUCCUACUGCCCCUGGCCCUGAGCCUAACCUGAUGUUACGUUCUAAGGGCUCAGUAUAUCUUGGUGUUGUCCUAAAAAGACACGGGACAGAAUGGAAGGAAUAGAUACAGAUAAGCUUCCAUGGUGGACUGAAUUGAUUCAGUACAGUAACAGUCUUCAUUGACUGGAGACCGGUAUAGACUGACCAAGAGCAGAAGGGGCAAAAGAAAGAAAAGAGAUGCUGUGUGAUAAUUUAGUCUUAUGGAUGGUUUCACCCUGGGAAAACCAAAUGCUACUGUAGUUGUCAUAUUAGUAUAAAGACAUAACUAGCUGAAGGGGAUAAAUAUAAAAGAGUGAGUGAAUUUGCCACCCGAUCCUAGAGUGGUGUAGCAGUAUUUCCAUUACAAUUUGUUAGUAUUAAACCCAGCUUGUUUUAUUUGGUAUUUAAUUUAGAGAAUUUUUUCACUUCAAGGUCCCAGAAACAGAGACAAGGUUUUCAUCUCAAGGCCAAAAGACCAAAAACAUCAAGACACUUGAUCACGGCCUUGGAUAGACCAAGAGACUACUAACACUUGACUACAGCUCAGAGAGCCACACAUACUGGCUGGUCCCAUAAGGAUUUUUCAAACCAGUAACACACUUGAGGAAAGUCUUAUAAAUGCUGGCCAUGUUAUUGAUGUUUUGGGAAAAAAUAUUUAAUUUCUCUUUCCAUUGUGGUCCUUUGCUUUACCAUAUUUACUGCUAUAGCCUGAAAGGUGGUACUAUAGUCUAGGGGAGAGGGCACUGAAUUAGGAGUCAGAAGACCUGGAUUCUAUGCCCAGCUCUGGCACAGCCCCUCUGUGAGACCCUAGGUAAGUCUUUCCACGUCUCUGCUGCUGUCUACCCUCCCAACCUGUCUGUCUAAGACUAUACAUUCUUUGGGGCAGGGACUGUUCCUUAUUAUGUGUUUGCACAGCGCCUAGCACAGUGGGGUUGUGAGCUCCAUUGGACCUUAAAACACUACUGUAAACCAAACAACAAAUAACAACCACCAGGGGCCAGAUUAAAUUGGCCUAGCACCAUUAACUUAAAAUGGCUUCCUGUUGACUUCAUCAGAGCUCUGUGACUUACACUAGCUGAGGCUCUGGCUGCGGGAUGGUCUAUGCUUAAGGACACAUUUAUUCAAAGGCGACCACGGAGGAUUUUUGAAGUCCUGGACAUAUGACUUUCCUUUUUCUUCUUCUUUUUCUGCCUUUUUUUUUUUAACCUUGGAAAUCUCAGAAAUAGCUAUUCUCUUCUUUUGAGAUUCUUUCACGGUGGUAUCUUGGGGGCUGGAUUAAGCCAUCAGUCAGUCCUCGGGAAAAUACACUUUCGGGCCUCCUCAUGAAUAACAACAAACAGCCGUACAAUUAGGGUGACCAGAUGUCCCGAUUCUAUAGGGACAGUCCCGAUUUUUGGGUCUUUUCCUUAUAUAGGCUCCUAUUACCUCCCACCCCCGACCCGAUUUUUCACACUUGCUGUCUGGUCACCCUACGUACAAUACGCUUAUUGAAUGCCAGGCUGGUCAUGCUGUGGCUCUUCUGGACUAGCUGGUCAUCCUGCUGCUGCUCGUGGUGCUACCCACCAUGCCAAAGAGGCAGCUGGGCCAAAUUUGAAUGAGUGGUGUUGCAACUCCCAUCCUGGUGAGCAGCGCCCUGAGCAGCGGCAGCUGAGCAGCCGGUCCUGAUGGAUCCAUAGCAUGGCCAGCCCAGCUGUGGUGCGUGUACUGUACAGCUGUUUGUUUGGGACUGGGAGCCCCCCAUCCCCAGAUACAUUUGGGUCCUAGGCAUGUCCCCAGUUUGCCUAUACCUCAAUCUGGUGCUGGGUAUGUGAAUGCCUUAGGUUAAGGUUUUUGCUAUAGGGAUCUAUUAUUUAUUUAUACGUGAAGCACAAGGCAAACUUGAAUCAAUAAUGAUAAUAAAACGUAAUUAGGAUGACUUUAGCUGAUGCCAUUAUAAUAAUAUAUAUGUACAGUGGAUCAAAUGGACAGAAAAACAUCAGAGAAUAGAUGGUCAAGGGCCAGAUCCUCAGCUGGGGUCAAUGGGUAUGUCAGUGAGCUCCACCCAUUUACACUGACAGAGGAUCUGGCCUAUAUUCCUUUCCUCUCUAGCUUUUACUCCUUUGGUGCUAAGGCUUCAAGACAAAUUCUGGAUUCAUUUAAGACAAUAGGAGUUUGGUCACUGACUUCAAUGGGACCCAGAUUGGGCCCCGUAGCAUAUAUUCAGGUAAUGAGAUUAACACAAUCGGCUAAAUUCAUUCCUUGUGUAAUUCCGUUAUCUUGGCUGCAGUUAUACUGCAAAGGAAUUUGACCAAUGACUGUCAUGUGAUACACUGAUCAGAGGUAAACGGUAGCUGAAACGAUGCAUGCAAGAUCACGUGAAAACCAGCAGUGCCAACCGUGAUACUACAGAAUAGGAGGUCAGACCUUAAAACACUUGUUCACAGGUAAAAUGGUACAGAUCUGACAGGAGAUAAGAUUGCCAGUCAAGAGUUUUAUACAGUAUAUAUCACAGUAAGUUAAAUAUUAAAACAGAUAUUGUGAAUGCAAAAGAAAUUAGGCGUGUGCCUUCAGUGAUAUUAUCUUUGCCUGUUACAUAAAAGUGACCAUGAACAAUGCUGUCAAUGUUUGUUGGCUUUUGUUGCUAUUUUCCCUCGGUCAGUCUUGACUUUGGGCGCUAGACCCCUUGAACGUAAGAGCUCUCAGGAUGAGCUUAUUUAGAGCUCAGAUCGCCCUGUGUUGCAAUCACUGCACUGGCCCUGAGCAAACCGAUUUUAAAAUGUGCUGUGUAGCGGUUAGAGUACAGGACUGGGAGUCAGGAAUCCUGGGAGCCUGAUACUCUUGAAGUAAAUGGGAGUUGUGUGUGCCCUGGCUCUGCCACCGACUCACUUUGUGACUUUGGGUAAAUAAUGCUUGUUUGCCCAUCGGUAAAACAAGUAUAAUAGGUGGAUGCUGUGCAGCUUGACUUAGUAGUAUUCCGAAAGCACUUCAAGAGCCUCACUGGGAAGGCAAAGUAUUAUUACAUUGAAACCUUCAUGGGGCUGAUACUAAGGCUAUGUCUUCACUGUACAGUUAGCCUGGAUGAUUGGCAUCUGAGUUAGCCUCGUCUGGGUGUGAGCGUCCCCACAACAAAGCUCUACCUGCAUUACUGUGUCCUCACCAGUUCUGCACUGACCCAUGUGUGUCCCAUGGUUCUUUGUGCUGAGAUGUUCUAGGAUUCUUUCCCAAUCAACUGCAGGAGAACCUGUCUGUCCUUCAGGGGAAUUGUGGGACAGCACUGGAGAACUUAGCCUAUCCUCACUGCAAAGGUUCCUUCCAGGCCCAGGUACAGCAGAGCACAGACUCUAACCCACCCCACCCGUCUCCCAGCUAGCCUGGGCUUAACAUACCUCCAAACUCACAAAAAGGGUUUUGUGUGUAGAUGGCAGAGGAUUGGCCUAAAACCCACAAAAGCACAUACCCUGUCUUUUAACAGGGUGCUGCAAAUGUUUCAAGACAAAACAAAACUAGAUUUUAGCAGGAAGAUGCUCUUGGAGACAUUCAUGUAGAUUGUAUAACAUGAGAUAACAAAUGUCCAUAGGCUUUUAUAUCACUUUCAGCUGAACUCUGUUCUGCUUUACAUAUAUAAGUCACACUCUUUCAUAAAGAUGGAUGUCAGUGUUAAGUCAGUAUAAAACAUCACUGUCAACCUGAGCUAGGUUUAAAGUAGUGUUUUAGGGCUUGUCUACACCACGGCACUUUUGCCAACAAAAUACUUCCAGCCCCACGAGCGGCGUUAGCUUUGUCGGAAGGAAAGUGCUCCUGCCAACAAAGCCACGUUCACACUGCCACUUGCGUUGGCAAAACUUUUGUCUUUCGCGGGGGGAGGCUUUUUUAAGUACCCGUGAAAGACAAAAGUUUUGUUGACAACUUCGCAGUGUAGACAAGCCCCUAGAGGUGAGAGGCCAUUUAUUACCAAUAAAUCCACCCAGUCCUGGGCUAUUUCUACACGGCCCCGUAAUUCAGACUAUGGAGGUGUGAACGGCAGUACACGCGAAAGUGCUGAAACUGCCCAGUAUGGACACUGCUGGCAUAGACUGUUUGAAGAAAACUACACUCAUGUGAACUUGGGUACCUUUUAGUUCACACCUGCAGUAUCCACAGGGUGGGAGUCGGGUUUACAGUGCAGCACUUUGGUACGUACUGCAAUUCACACCCCUGUAGUCCAAACUACAGGGCUGUGUAGCCAAGCCCUUGGUUUUCCUGCAGGAAGAGAUUGUGUGUCCGUACAAGAAUGAUAGUGAAAGCGCUGAUUAAAUUAAUAUAUGUAUUAAAUUAGACUAAUUGAAAAAGCAUGUACUGAUAAAUGUAUACCUGAAUUUUAAGUAACAUCUAGCCAAAGAAUCAGAAGUCCUUUUGUAAAAUGGCUCCAUAAAUAAACUGUACAUUAAAAGUACUUUGUAUUUUUAA